AUGUGGAAUGGGGAGGAUCAAUAUCAAGUGAGUGGGAGACGUAGUCAAUAUGUGGUGCAAUUGAAUGAAAGGUCUUGUACUUGUAAGGCAUGGGAGAUAACCGGGAUACCAUGCAAACAUGGUGUGGCAGCAAUUUGGUACAAGGCUGCUAGCAACGGACAACAAGUUGGAAUACUAGAAAGUUGGGUGCAUCCGGUGUACAGGAUGGAUACAUGGAGACAGGUUUAUAGUUUCAAGGUCAACCCAAUCAAUGGCAUGUCUAUGUGGCCGAAAUCACAAGUUCCUACUACUUUAAAACCACCACAUUAUCACAAGCAAGUGGGAAGACCAAGAAAAGCAAGGAAGAAAUCUGCAGUUGAAUUGGAAGACAUCACACAGGGUGGAAGGUUGUCAAAGAAGAAUACAAUUCAAACUUGUCGCAACUGUAAAGAAAAAGGCCAUAAUAUCAGGAGUUGCAAGAAAGCCAGAUCACAAGUUUAG